CUUUAUGUUAGCUCAGUCGCGUUACCUAGCGUUGCUACCGUUAACCAAAUAAGAGACCUGGCUUCAUUGACAAGGUUGUUGGUUAACUUGUAGCUUGCAAUAGGCGUUUUCGGCCGUUCUCAAGCCAUUGACGAAUAGGACAAACCCUGUCAAGCUGUUGUUUUUAUGUAGCGAAAAUGUUGACUCCAGUUGUCUGAGUAGACUGCCUUGCUAGCGUAUGCUAACCACAGUCCGGGGCCUAAGGGUGUCAAAGCAGUUCUCUUGAAUCAAACUGACUUUCAAAGACGACGUCUUGUGCAGUGGUCAUGUUACAGCGCUAUUGUAAAGAAUGCGUUGAUUACAUAAUUUGAUUUUACCUGCUCACACAGUAGAGGCCAUAACCCUUUGGCCUGGAGGAGAAGCCUGCAGUGCUAAAAGUCCAUCCCUUAGCAUGGUUAGCUGGUUGUGGUGGAGGUGAGGAAGCAUGGAGUGGAAAUUUGGGGUGUCAAGACAAACGUGAUGACAGCAUGGUCCAUGGUGGAGAAGCUCAAAAUGGAAAAACGCCCGUGCAGGGAGGAGAACAUUGACUCAAGCGAGGCGCAGCAUGCCACUGACGAGUCUGAGGAUGGAAGCAGCUCAGAUAGCGAAUCGGAAGAGCAGCAACAUCGGAGGGUUCAGGUGAACAGCAGUAGCUGUAAGAGAAGGGAGCCACUGGCUGUAACAAAACCCCACCGACAGCUCUGUCGCUCCCCAUGCCUUGAUCGGCCCAGUUUUUCCCAGAGUAGCACUGUGCAAGACUUUCGUGAGGAUGAGACCAACUCAGUACCAGGGGCUAAGCCCGCCAGUGAGCGAGAGUACCAGACUAAGAUGGAAUUUGCUUUGAAGUUGGGCUAUUCAGGAGAGCAGGUUGAAACUGUGCUCCACAAGUUAGGGUCUGCUGCGCUUAUUAACGAUGUUCUUGCCGAGUUAGUACGGCUCGGAAACAAAGCAGAGCCUGAAAACCAGUCUUGCAGCAGCAGUACAGCCACGUCAAUAUCACGCCCCCCCUGUGUUAAAGAGACUGUUAGUCCCGAAGUGUCAGUGGAAGAGGAAUCUGUGGAUAGUUUUGAUAACCUCAGGCCUAUCGUCAUCGAUGGCUCAAAUGUGGCAAUGAGCCACGGGAACAAAGAGGUGUUCUCUUGUCGUGGCAUCCAGCUUGCUGUUGAAUGGUUUCUGGAGAAAGGACACAAAGACAUCACUGUGUUUGUUCCAGCCUGGAGAAAGGAGCAGUCAAGACCCGAUGCCCUCAUCGCAGAUCAAGAAAUCUUACGCAAGCUGGAGAAAGAGAAGAUCUUGGUUUUCACCCCGUCUCGGAGAGUUCAAGGCAGGAGAGUGGUGUGCUAUGAUGAUCGCUUCAUAGUGAAGCUGGCUUAUGAUUCUGAUGGAAUUAUUGUGUCAAAUGACAACUACAGAGACUUGCAAAAUGAGAAGCCAGAAUGGAAGAAAUUUAUAGAAGAGCGACUCCUAAUGUACUCAUUUGUCAAUGACAAGUUUAUGCCACCUGAUGAUCCAUUGGGAAGACAUGGACCAAGUUUAGAAAAUUUCCUGCGCAAACGCCCCGUUGUUCCAGAGCACAAAAAACAACCUUGCCCCUAUGGGAAAAAAUGCACAUAUGGACACAAGUGCAAGUACUAUCACCCAGAGCGUGUCAACCAGCCACAGCGCUCCGUGGCUGAUGAACUACGGGCUUUUGCCAAAUUGUCUGCAGUGAAAACUAUGAGUGAAGGGGCUUUAGCUAAAUGUGGGACUGGUCCAGCAACAGUAAAGGGGGACAGCAACUCUGAGGCCAAACGCGUGGCACCCAAACGUCAGUCUGACCCCAGCAUUCGUUCAGUGGCCUGCGAACCUCCAGAGGCACUGUCCGCCAUUAGGAAGUCUGAGACAAAUUCAGUGCCUUCCCUCGUGUCUGCUCUCAGUGUUCCCACAAUGCAGCCAGCCAAGAGUCACGCAGCUGGUGCCUUGAACACACGAUCAGCCAGCAGCCCAGUGCCAGGUUCUUUGCAGUUCUCUCACAGUUCUCUGGAGCACAUGUCUAGUGUACAGUACCCUCCUAUUUUAGUUACUAAUAGUCAUGGCGCCUCUGUAACAUAUAGUGAACAGUUCCCAAAGUAUGACUCAGUUAGUGACCAUGGCUAUUAUUCACUGCACAGUGAUUUUUCAAAUAUGAGCAUGAGCAGCAUGCAUAAUGUUGACAGUUUCUGUAGCAUGGAGCACGAGCAUGUGUAUCAGAGAAACCCCAGCCACUGCCCUGAAUCCUGCCUCAGCCAUUCAAACAGUGACUCGUUCUCGUCUUAUGGGGACCUGUACCCAAGCUCUGUGGACAGUAGCUUAGAGGAGAGUAUGAAGGGGCAGCAGCAGUCUCCCGCACAGACUAGGAUGCAAGCAUUCUCCCACGGGUUUCGUCAUGAAGCGCUGACUAGGGUACAGAGUUACGGACCAGAGGAACCCAAGCAAGGCCUACGUAAGCAGGCUGGGCCUCAUCUAGCACCACAUAUCCAGCAUGUUGCAGUGGGAGCCAGGUCCAGCUGUCCUGGAGAUUAUCCCCUAACUCAGAAUGUUCUCCCACCUUUGUCCUCACAACCCACACGCUCGCUAGGUAUGACUCGUAUGGACAGCAUAUCGGAUUCGAGGCUAUAUGAUAGCAACCCAAUGAGACAGAGGCGACCUCCACUGUGCCGUGAGCAGCAUGCAAGCUGGGACCCUCUCCCUUGUGGUAAUGAGUCCUAUGAAUAUCAUUCAUAUCCACUGAGUAACAGCUUGAUGCCAUGUUGUGAGCGGGUGAUGGUCCGCAGCAUGCCAGACAAAAUGGAACAAAUCUGGAACUCGCCAUGGGAGGCCCCAUCUGGAGCUGAACACCAAGAGCGGUAUGCUAUCCCAGACCACCAGUAUCAAACAUACAGGAACCUUUGUAACAUCUUUCCUGCUUACAUAGUCCACGCUGUAAUGGAGAAGAACCCUCAUUUGACAGACCCGCAACAACUUGCCGCUGUCAUUGUUACAAAACUGAGGUCAUGCCACUGAACAGUUAAUUGUAUGAAGCCUUCAAAAUGGAUUUAACACGAGAAAUGAGGAUUUCUUUGAAAAGAUAGGCACAUGUUAAAUGUUGCUCCAUGUGCAACGUCUGCCCUCAGGAGUUAGUUGUUUUUAAAUGUUUCUGGUAGGAUAGAGGACAUUUUUGUAUGAAGUGGGGUGUAGCUGAUACAAGCCAACACCUUAUUAGAAAUCUGGUUCAUAACGUAUUCAUACUACCUGAGCAGGAACAGGGAAGCAGCGUCUGUUUAACAUGAAAGGUAAUUCCUGUAUUGUCGUUAACCUUUGGCAGUACUGUACGGUGUCCCUUAAUGUGGAACAUAAUACUGCUGUAUUUAAAUGAUGUUACAUGUUGUACAAAGUUGUAGAGGCUGAAAACAAUAUGAAAUAUUCAAUCCAUUUUGUAAAAUAUAUAAAUAAAGUAAUGUGUGAAAUAAAGUAAAAUAAGAAAUAAUGAAAUCUAAACUCAUUAUAUGUAUUUACAUAUACAGAUGACACCACCUGUCACCUUUUAAUCAGCGUUCUCUUGUUAGCUGUAAAAGUCAUUAAAAAUGAACUCCUUGAAACACACAACACAGAUAAAGAACUUUUAGAUUUCCUUUUACUAUAAGGCUGCAAAGGCCACUUAGCUAACAAGCUAACAUUCUAGGUAGGUUGUAAGCACAGAAGACAGUUUAUUAUAGGAAUUAAAAUUGGCUGAUUAAUUCAGAGAGCAAUCUUUUAAAGACCAAAAAAACACUAAAAGCCAUCAUUUAUUUCUUCAUUUCAAAUCAACAGCUUGAUAUUGGCACUUGUGAGCUAAUCGACAAGCUUGCUAGCUAGUUAGCAUUAGUUGGCAAACACAGUAACAAAACUAAGGAAGUUUAUUUACUUCUUUAUUUGAUAUCGCCAGCAAGAGUGGUAUUUAAAAUAUGUAUCUGUAUUGAGAUGAAGUCAUAAAAAUACUAAUUGGACUGUUGAAAUAUUACUUUAAACUUGAUUUUAACCAUCAAACAGUUCCAGAAGUUACUGGUUUAUUCAUGUAUUUUACAGAGGUGAACAUGUUUAUUUCAUUUAGAAUUGUAUUGCUGGGUUCUGUUUGGAGAUGGCUUACCAUCAUAAUUUAAGACUAAACUGAACCCUAAUGUAAUUGUAAUUAAUUUCUGUAAUAUUGAAUGUGCGUAUCAGUGUGAACAAUUGAAUGAAAGUAAACGAGUUAGGUAAAUAUCAGCACGGGAAAUAAUUACAUGGUCCUAUCUCCCACAUUUUUAUGAAGAUCCUGUUCAGGUGCUUUGAAUGCGUUAUGAAAGGCCUUUAAAGUGUUUCUGAUGCAGUGGAACUAUAAGUAACCAUGCAGUCUGCCUCUGCUGUAAAUAAUAUUUAUGAUAUGUUUUCUUUUGUUUGUUUGUUUGGGGUUGUUUUGGGGGGGGAGUUAUUUUGAAGAUGAGUAAGAGGGAGGUAGGUAUAUACCUCACAGCAUGAACUAUGACAUUUUAUGGCCUUAUAUCUGAGUGACCUCACACUUAUUCAUUGUCCAAUUGGUUUCGGUGAACGUCUUUGUCAUUGAAGCCUCAUAAUUUCAAAUGUAAAGCACUAUCUCAGUAUCUAAAGAGAUAUAUUUUCUCAGCCUCACUUAACAAAGCUACUAUUUUGGUAGAAUUUGACAGUGCACAAAGCAAGCCAAAAAAAUUAUUUGACUUGUAUAUAUGUGCGCAUGUACAUAUGAUCACAGAAAAGCCAUUAUUUCAAAGUCAUUUAUAAGCUGCUAAAUAAUGCCAAAAAAAUAAUUUAUAUAGUGUCAGUAUUCAAAAUAAUUUUAGUUCACAGGAUCAAUUGGAUUAUAGUAUAAAAAGAGCAUAUGUGUUUGGAUAAUUUAUAUAGUGUACUGUAUAGUUCGCUGUCUGAUUUUAUUGGAUGCUACAUCCAGGACUUUCCUCUUUAUAAAAUUGUCAAAUCUGUUGUGCUAAUCCUUUUCAGUGUGAAGUAUUCAAAGUAUCUUUGUUUCACGCAGUAGUUCUAUUGGACUUGUUCAAGUUGCCGCUGGAGCAGUUUGUUUUCAGGUGCAAGUCAAUUUAUUUUCUAACUACUUUUACAUGCACCUUGAUAGUGUGAUCAUUUGAGCUUUAGUCAGUUACCUAAUUAUGAUUCAUAAAAAAAACAAAAAAAAACUGUUGUCUUCACUUUAAGUCAUCAAGUGCUAAUGUGCAUGACACACCUAAGCCAGGGAAGGUGGUAUCACUGUGGCAGUUAUCUAGCAAAAAUCCAAGAUUACUGCAUCUAAAGUUAUUAUAUCCAAAGUCUAUGGAUUUUAAUAUUAAAUGAAGUGGUUUAGUGUAUUAAAUUGAACAAGUGCAUUUCUAACAUUAAGAAGGUUUUUAGAUGGAAAUAUGCAUGCAGUAAAACAUGCUCCCCUAUAAAAGAGCACAUCUCCUCACAUUACAUUUAGUUCAGUUGCGCCUGUAAGAAAUAUUUUCUUGUAGAAAGUAAUUUCUUAUAUAAUGUACAUGCAUUUAAAAUAUGGCAAAGUUGAUUGAAACUGCAGAAAGGAGACAUUUUACUUUGUCAAUAUUCCUGUGCACCUAAAUAAGUCAUCCAAUCUUAUGUCAUUACCUGACUUCCAGCUUCCUCUCAUGUGCAUGUAAAUGUGGUAAAACUGAGAAUUCAUUGCUCCUGGCUAUGAUGUGACUUUAGUAGGGACAUUGGAAGUUGUAGAAGUAUAUUCUUUGAGAUGGAAACAGUGUUUACUAUCACAGUUAAAUGUUUGCACAUGGAAUUCUGAUACCGACUGAAGUUAUUUAUCAGAUAACUCUGAGGAUCUGGCUUAAAUAGUUAGGCCUGGUAGUAAAAUAAAUAUUCUGAUAUUUUGUAAAGUAUUAGGUUUAAAUAACAAAAAAUUGAAUGAACACAUAUUAAAUACAUUUCUGUGAAUGCUUGAAAGCAUGUUGGAGAUGAAAUUUUCUGUAUGGCUUUUUAUAGGAGGCUGGACUGCUAAUAUACAGAUGUACAAUACACAUGCGUGCAGCUGGUCUCUAAGGAUUGUAGAAAGAUUUGGCUGUGCCUUGCAGCACACUGCUCUCAGGAUGCUUUCACUUUUCUAAUUUUAAGUCUUUCCUGCCAAAACCAGCGGUUACUGGCAAAAGUGUACUCUGAUCUAGUAGUUAUAUAUAGAUAUAUUUGUGAAAUUCCUACAUGUAACAUGUAGUACCCUAAAGUUAGUUAUUUAUGGUUGAGACAUGAAGAUGGCAUUGCAAAACUUUGUACUUUUUGUGAAUAUCCUCUUUAUGCACCUUGAGCUUUCAAACAGCGAGCUAACAGGCUGGAUUCAGGUGGUGCAACUUCAGAAGGUAUUUGUUUUCCAUAAGGGUGUCUCUGUAGCCAAAGACAAAUGUCGCAAUAUUAAAAAGUACUCAAAGAAGUUGUUUUCUUGAUUUGCUCGUGGUUUUUGUAACAGUAAUGCUGAUUGGAAAGUGUUGAACCAGGCCUUGAAAAAUUUCUGCCCUUAUCAAGCCUAAAAAUGAUGACGUUGGGUACUAAGUUUGGUAUCUGACUUCUGAUACUAGGCGGUCAGGCCUGGUAUUAUUCUGCUUCAAACAAUACACUUGCAGAAGUUGUACUAUGUAAAGCCAGUCCAUAUAGCAGAACCAUGCUCCUAGCGCGUUUAAAGGGAAAUGCCACUUAUUUUCAGGGUUCAGGAAUGGUAACCCCUAGGCCUGCUAUUAAAGUGCACAGUGGUUAAAGGCUCAUUUGUAAAAGAUUCAAUUGAGUUUCAACAAACAACAAAAAUACAUUUGGUGUCAGUUUAUAGUUCGUGCCCUUCAUUAUGUUAAUAAAUGAUUAAAAACGCUAUAAAUUAAUGUUUAGCUUGUAUUUUAGAAAAUGAAGCGGCACCAGACUAUCACAAAGCUAUCUAUUUGUCAUUUAUUCAAUGGACGUGUUCAUAAAUUUUUAAACUGAGUGGUAUUACUCUUUAACUAGGGCUAAUUAUGUGAGCCUGACCUUGUCUCCUUGGUGGUGCUUUUAAAGAUGCAUAUAUAUAUAUUUCUUUGUAAUGUUUAGCUAGAACCGUAAUAUGUAGACAUAAAGAAAAAAAAACUGAAUGUGUUUUGCCCAAAAUUAUUUUUGGGCUUUGCUGACUUUGUUUUUCAUGAAAAAAGACGAGGCCACGUUAGGCCAGCUGUCUGUUCAUGAGAAGGUGAAACAAACUGCCUAAAUGUUUCUUCAUGUGAAACAAUCAGAUUGCAAGGCUGCUGUCAAGGUUGUUUCUGGCAUUUGGCUAAAAGUUUGCGUGCCAUCCUUUCCCUUUGAAAUAACUGAAUUGAUCUAUGCUCCAAAAACUUUUGGAAAACUUUGCAAAAACACUGAAGCGCUGUAUGCUACAAGAAACGGCUCUAAAUAAAAAACAAAACAACAACAACAAAAAUUUGCUUUGUUGCUAAUUGUAGCACCAAAUUAAGAUCAGUAAUUUGCCUUUUUCACUUAGAAAUAUUUAACCUUAUUGAGGUCCAUAUUCAACAUGAACACUGGAAUAGUCCAUUGGCCAUGAGCUAAAUUGUGCGUGUACUUAGUAACUGUAAUGUAGGAUGUAGGCCACAGCAUAAAUCCACCAAAAAGCAAAUGGUCUGGGUUUGUUGUUAUGUUUUGUGUUAAAUCUGGAAACUUGUUUGGCAAUGGACUACUUCCAGGAUAAAAAUAAAAACUUCAUUAUUUUUGGUACAUUGAAAGUAUUUAGCAAUCUUUCUUCUUUUUUGUUGUUGUUGUUGUUGUUGCUUUGGAUAAAUGUUACAGACCAUAAUGGUGGUUUUUAAUCCUCUCCCUUCCUUUCUAAGUGCCGCAAACAGCUAAGUUACAAAUGUCUAGAAUUGACUUUUGCUUGUUGAUACAAAUUGUAUCUAUACCUUGAAUGUAACAAAAUAUGAAAUGUAUAAUAUGAAAAUAGUUUUGUUUAAAUAAAGGGGGAAAAAAAACAA